UCUGGUCACACUGCGCGGCACAUGUGCGAGUAGUUCGUCAACAAAAUAUUAAUUUGCAAAAUAAAAUAAAUAAAAAUGGUUCGUAAACUCAAAUUUCAUGAGCAGAAGCUGCUGAAAAAGGUGGACUUCAUCACCUGGAAGGUGGACAACAGCGGCAAGGAGAACAAAAUCCUAAGGCGCUUUCACAUUCAAAAAAGGGAGGACUACACCAAGUACAACAAGUUGUCCAGGGAGAUACGGGAACUGGCAGAGAGGAUAGCCAAGCUGGAUGCUUCAGAACCUUUCAAGACAGAGGCCACCACCAUGCUCCUAAACAAGCUGCACGCCAUGGGAGUUUCCAACGCUCAGCUAACUUUGGAAACGGCGGCCAAGAUAUCCGCCAGCCACUUUUGCCGACGUCGUCUACCCGUGAUCAUGGUGAAACUGCGAAUGUCGGAGCACUUGAAAGCGGCCACAGACCUCAUAGAGCACGGUCAUGUGCGUGUGGGUCCGGAAAUGAUUAAGGACCCGGCUUUUCUGGUCUCCAGAAACCUCGAGGACUUUGUCACCUGGGUGGAUGGCUCCAAGAUCAAGGAGCAUGUACUCCGCUACAAUGACAUGCGUGACGAUUUCCAAAUGUAGAGAGACGACUACCUUUAAGAUAACCAGUAGAGUAACUAAAGCUAACUUGCAAUAAAACCAACUAAGACUUUGUUAAAUAAUCAUGUUCAAUAACUUUAUUACAUUUUAUAUAAUAAUGUUUAGAUCUCAUUAAUAUUCAUUAUUCAGGAGCGAAUUGCGCCAAGGGCACAACUGCGCCGACACGCACAUACAUAUACAUAUUUAUUUUAACCUGAUCCCCCGAAUUACCGAUCUGCUCGAAAUCAUUUUAUAAUGGCGGUUCACAGUUGGAUUAUGCUCUAUUAGUUUUUACCCUCACUUCGCUAUCUAAAGUCAAUCGUGUUGAAAUACCUUGCGGAUGUUAAAGUAAUAUCAGUUUUGGAAACAAGUGAGAGCCAGCGGAUGUACACAAUAAAUUAUAAGAUAGCAAUGUG